AUGAUGGCCGACAACUGUGUAAGGAAAAACGAAAUUCCAUGUCUCAAUGAGCACUGUAUAUACGCAGCAAAUGAAAUCUUAAGAUCUAUCGACAAAAGUAUCGACCCUUGUGACGAUUUCUACGCCUAUGCAUGCAAUCAGUGGACCAAAAACAAUCCAAUACCCGAAGGCAAAUCGACAUGGGGAACAUUUGGCAAAUUAGAACAAAUGAAUCAAGUAAUUAUUAGAAAUAUUUUAGAAAAACCAUUAAAAGGUUUCAAAUCAGAAGCUGAGAAAAAAGCAAAAAUCUAUUACGAAUCCUGUUUAGAUAAAGGAGAAGAAAUGGAGAAAUUAGGUGAAAAACCAUUGGUUGUUUUUUUAAGGAAGUUGGGUGGCUGGAACGUUACAAAAAGUGGAUUUGAUGUUUCUAAAUGGCAUUUAGCAGAAACGUUAAAAGUAGUGCAAAACAGGUAUAACUUCAACUGCCUCUUUAGUUGGGCCGUUGGCGAGGAUGAUAAAAAUUCCUCCCGACAUGUCAUACAAAUCGAUCAAGGUGGUUUGACAUUGCCAACACCAGACUAUUACAACAACAAAACGGAAACCCACCGUAAAGUUUUAGCCGAAUAUAUAGACUACAUGACAAAAGUUUGUGCAUUGCUUGGCGCUGAUGAAUCUGAUGCCCGGCGACAAAUGAAGGCCGUUAUUGGUUUUGAAACGAAGUUAGCAAAUAUUUCAAUGCCACUUGAAGAAAGGCGAAAUGAGGAAGCUAUGUAUCAUCCUAUGAAAUUAUGGGAACUUGAAAAAUUGGCACCAUUUUUGAACUGGUCCGAACAUUUCAAUGAUGCUAUGAACUUAGUGAAUCGAAAAAUCACUCAAUCUGAAGUAGUUAUUGUUUAUGCACCUAGUUUUUUUGAGAAAUUAUCUGAUAUCAUAAUGGAAAUGGAAAAAACUGUUGAAGGAAAAAUAAUAUUGAAUAACUACUUCAUGUGGCAAGCGGUACGUACUCUAACAUCUUGCUUGUCAAAACCUUUUCGAGAUGCCUAUAAGGGAGUUCGCAAAGCUCUAAUGGGUUCAGACGGUGGUGAAGAGGUUUGGCGCUACUGUGUUGCGGAUACAAAUAACGUUAUUGGAUUCGCCAUCGGUGCCAUUUUUGUACGUCAAGUAUUUCACGGCGAGUCUAAACUGGAAGCCGAGCAUAUGAUUAAUGAAAUUCGCGACGCUUUUAAAGAAAAUUUGCAAAAUUUAACCUGGAUGGAUAAACGCACACGUGAACGUGCAAAAGAUAAAGCGAAUGCUAUUACAGAUAUGAUUGGUUUUCCAGAUUACAUAUUGAAUUCAGAAGAAUUAGAUCGAAAAUAUGCUGAUUUGAAAGUUACACCCAACUCAUACUUUGAAAACAAUAUACAAGUAGCCAUUUACAAUUUGAAAACCAAUUUAGAAAAAUUGGACCAGCCAGUAAACAAAACACAUUGGGGCAUGACACCACAGAUGGUGAACGCUUACUACACGCCUACAAAAAAUCAAAUGGUUUUUCCCGCUGGAAUUCUGCAAUCGCCUUUCUACGAAUCCAAUAAUCCGAAAAGCCUGAAUUUCGGUGCUAUGGGCGUUGUUAUGGGACACGAACUGACCCAUGCAUUCGAUGAUCAAGGCCGAGAGUACGACAAAUUCGGUAAUAUACACCGAUGGUGGGACAACAAAAGUAUUGAAAGAUUUAACGAGAAAACCAAAUGUAUUGAGCAACAAUACGGAAGCUACAAAAUGAAUGGCAGAACUUUGAAUGGAAAACAAACAUUAGGUGAAAAUAUUGCUGAUAACGGUGGUUUGAAAGCUGCUUACCAUGCGUUUUUAAAAUCAAAAACUACAAAAGAGGCUGAUGUACUCAAACUCCCGGGACUAAAUCUGACGCAUAAGCAACUCUUCUUUGUGUCAUUCGCACAAGUCUGGUGCUCGAGUACUACAGAUGAAACAAAUAUUUUACAAAUGGAAAAAGAUGCCCACUCCCCGUCUCCUUACCGUGUCAUUGGAACACUUUCGAAUACACGCGAGUUUGCUGAAGUUUUCAAAUGUGAACCAAAUAGCAAAAUGAAUCCAAAUAAAAAAUGUGUGGUUUGGUAAACAUAUCCUUGUACAUAUAUAAAUAAAAAAAUCCGUUUAAUACCGCCGUAAAAUAUCAUCUGAGGAAUAUCAUCAAAUUCGAUUCGUUUCGUUUGAUAGCUGGGAGCUGUUGUGUCAAAAUCUGUUACUGAAUAUAAAUGAAAAACUUAAGGGCAGGCUUAUAAUUCCUUUUUAAUGUUAAUUUAUGUAUCGAGUUCAGAUUGUGAAUUGAAACUGGCAAAGCCUAAUUUUGAUAAUGAAAUAUUUUGUAAGUUCAGGAAAGGUGUAGACGGCUAAAAACCUCAACAAAAAUAAUAUGAUGUGACACUUACUAACUUAUCUAUUAUCUCUGGGGCUCGACCUUGUUUUGUUGCCAAUUUAUACUAUUUACAACAUCAACAAAGAGAAAUGGUAGAGGUGACAGCUGUUUCGGAGAUCACCAUAUCUCCUCAUCAGACUUCUUAAGGCAGGAAUCGAACUAACGGAUCCUGACUUAUCAGGCCACUGCGCCAAACAUCAUUUAUUGUUGUAUUUUCAAUUCAUUACUAACCAACAACUAUUAAGUGCGCUAAUAAAUUAAUUUAAUAGUAGCUUGGUUAGUGAGCUGUUUUGGAAUCCAUGGCCAUUCUAUAUAAUAAUAUUUGAUAUAAGUAUUAAGUUAACUAAAGGCCCGGUCGUUUGUAUGA